UUUAAAUAUCCAAAAAUGGAUUUAUUUUCGAAAAUUAUCAAACGACCCCUUAGCCUGGCAGCAAUCACAACGAAUGACGAUGGCAACAGUUCAUCCACAGCAGCAGGAACAGACGUAUCAGCAGCAACUGCGGCAAAUCUAGUCACCACCGGCCAUCCACUUCAUCUAGGCGAUAGGUCUCCUCUCUUAUCUCUACGUGAUCUACUCGAUUCGGCUGCCCAGGAUAUCAAUCAAUUGGAGGAUCAGCAUAAUAAUUUAAUUGCAAUGCCACAACAAUCUGCUGCCUCCUCACCAUCUCCACCGUCCACGUCUAGCGAUAGUAUACAAAAAUUGCUAAGCGCCAUUCACGUGAAUCUAAAUCAAGUUAGUGCCCAUGAAAUGGAGCAUUUGCAGGCCAUGAGUGCGGAGUUGAGUCCACUGGCUGCAAUAAAGGCAAGUCCCAAGCCUACAAUGGAACAGCCACAGCAAAAGAUCGCGGCAUUGGAUCCUCUUAAGCUGGGUGAUCCAUCAUCAAUGAUAGUUGUUCCUCCAUCUCCAAGGGGCGUCGCUGGUGGUGGUCUACCAGAAUUUGAUGAAAGUCAAAUUCCUGAAUUGCCACCUUUCAGUGCAGACAUGAUGAUGGCGGUCUCUGGAGCUUCUGCUGUGACUUCUUUAAACUCGACUGCUCAUGAUUACAAUUCGGAUUCGGAUGUCUUUGUGGAAUGUUUGUCUUUAACUAGCGAUAAACGUUAUUCAAACGAUCCUGCCGAACUGGAAGCCUAUACAAGUGCAAUCAACGAAGUGUUGCUAGACGAGCAGCAAAAUGCCAUGCAGCAGAUUGAUACUCCAAGUGGUGGGAAUGCGAACCCUGCCGAUUGUAGCUACGAACCGAUGGAUGUCGAUGAACUAAAUGCAACAAUGGAAAUUUUAAAAGAUGUCAUGGCACCGGAGGAUCAUCAGCUGUUAAAGGAGCAGUUUAUGAGUGAUGUUAUCGAGAAGGCUCAGUUACUUUUAAGUAACGAUCCUCUUGGAGAAACAGAUCAGACUCCCGAAGAUCCUCUUAAAUUGUUGAAUGAAGAUCAUUACAAUGAUGAAUUAGAGGCAAGUCCUUUAACAUCUUCAGAUUUGCUGGAUAACGAUAAAACGCAAACGCAAGAAGUAGAAACCAAUGAAACUUUUGGAGGACAAGAAGAAUUAACUGCACAUGAGUUGGAAUCAUCAGCUCUUAAGGAGAAGCAUCAGGCUGAUGAAUCACAAUUAGCUGCACAUGAGUUGGAGUCAUCUGCUCUUAAGGAGAUGCAUCAGGCAGAUGAACAACAAUUAAAUAUAACCAGUGAUCCACUUGGAGAAGUACCUCAAGCCCCCGAAAAACAGACUUCGCAAAAGGAAGAAGACAACAUUGAUGACAUAAAGACGAAGGUCUUAGAUUUGCCCGAAAACGAUGUGGACACGCAGAACAUUGAAAUUGAAAAGAUUUAUGUGCAGCCUGUGGAAAAUAUUCCUCUUUCACCUCCCAUACCCACACAUCGGGCUAAAACUGCAGAAGAAUUAAACUUCUUGGCUCUCAAAGAGUUGCCCGAGGAUGAGGGAUCCCAAGAAAAAAUACAAAAGGCCGAUAAUGAACCAAAAGUAAUACCAAUUGCCUUUGUUACACCCACAUGUAUGACUACUAUGCCAAUUGGUCCUCAGACGACCAACAAUCCUACCUUUCCGACAUCACCCAGAUCACCAACUUUCCCAGUGCAGGAUCCCGCCGAACCACCAUCCCACUUCCCUCAUUCUCCACAUGCACCUGCAGAGACAGAGGAAAUGCCCUAUCUAGAGCAGGCUGUAGUCCAGCCAUCGAGUGACCGUCCGUUGAGUGGAGUCAUAGCAAAGAUGCCUGUGUCGAUUAACAUUAUACAGUCAAGCCCCGAGGAAAAGGAAAACAAGCUUGACAUAAAUGAAACUUUACCAAUGGAUGAGGUGACAUCACCUUUGCCGGUCUUCAAUGGCAACUCAACUUUCAGUAGUGGAAACGAGAAUGAAGUGAGUGCCAGUCCAACAGUAAAGACAGCUGUCGCUGCUGCCCCACUCCAACCAACAGCUACAUUUUCUGUGUCCUUGGAUGAUGUCAAGAAUGAAUCGCGAAGAACAUUUACUGCAAAUACUAGCCCAUCUAUGGAUACGGCUGUGGCUGCUGCUCCACUCCAGCCAACAGAUACAUUUUCUGUGCCCUUAGAUGAUGUCAAGAAUGAGUCGCGGAGAACAUUUACUGCAAAUACUGGCCCAUCUAUGGAGACGGCUGUAACUGCUGCUCCACUCCAGCCAACAGAUACAUUUAGUGUAUCCUUGAAUGACGACAAGAGUGAGUCGCGGAGAACAUACAAUGUUAAUAAUUUUCAAGAGGAGAAGCAGCAGCAGCUGCCACGUCGCACUUUUUUUGUAGAAGACAAUCGGCAGAUAGAAGAGAAUCCUCCCGUCUUGGAGCAGCCGUCUGUAAGUGAGAAAAAUACACGAAAAACUUUCAACUUGGAGUCCAAAGCGCUAGAACAAAAAUCACCCAUUUCUACACCGCAUGAAGCUACCGAGGAAGAUGAUUUUGAACCCAUGGAUGUCGAUGUGUCCAUGCGAUCAGCCGAGACACCAGCGCUGACCAGGACGCCAUCUGUUCCCAUUUGCAAUGUUCAAUCGGCGCCGGAAUCUCCACCAUUUGUAUCGACAUCGCCUCCCAUUCCCACCCACCAAACGCAGCAGCUAAAGCGUGUUCCCAUUCAUGGCAAUACCACCAUAGUUUUAGACGAACAACAACUUUCGGCCAAAGAACAAGCAACAUUGAGUGCCAGUGACGAGAAGGACGAUGUCUUUGUGGAGCACUUUGGUGCCAUAUCGCCGUUAUCAGAUGACAUGUUCAAAACACCGCAAUAUACUAGCAACAAUUUUGCCAAGAUCCAGUUUAAAGAGCCCGCACCUACAAGGACAACCAACAGGGAUAGUAGAGGCAACAUUGCAUAUGCAGAGAGAGCAGUAACAGGAGAGAGACCGAUCUCUGAUGCUGAAUUUCAAGAUGGUGCCAGCUGUAAUAAUCUAAUAUUUAAUUCAUCAGAUUUCGAUUAUUUAUACACAAAAGGCAAUAAUAAUGCGCCAGUCGAUCGUAGUUCAUUAUUAUUGAAAUUCGAUCCGCUGCUUGGCACCCCAGUGCCCGUCAAUAGUCUCCAGCAGCAGGAGCUAGCCUUGUCAAAUCUACUUGGCGGCAAUAAUAACAACAACAACAACAAUAAUCGUGCCCUAAGUCCCACAUUGGAGGAGCACGAGUCGAGUGGAAGUAAUCAAUCGUUUGCUAUAGAAACGAGUGCCAAAUCGAUAGUAAAGGAAUUGGAAUUUAAGCCUCCUGUGGAUAGAACAAAAAAGCAUGCAAAAAUGAGUGUGGACGUUAUUGAUAACGAUUGUAACAAAACCUUCGAUAAUUCCAAUCUCAAUACGGAGGAUAAGGCAAACAACUAUCACAACAUGGAGGAAUUGGAUAAGAAAUUGAAAAAUGAUGUAACCCGCUCAGAGGAUAUUGAAAAGAAACUCAAAGAUGCCGAACAACGUGAAGAAGCCCUAAUCAAACGAAUAACAGAAAAGGAUAAAAUGAAUUCAAAGCUAAACGGCGUUAUCGAAGCGUAUGAGAAAGCCAUUGCUGAACUAAUAAGUGAAAAGGAACAGCUAGUACAGGAUUAUGACAGGCAAUUACAAGAAGUUCAAACAGAUCGCGAUGCAAAUUACCAUCACUUAACGUCGCUGGAAACGACAUUCUCGGAUCUCCAUGUUAAAUAUGAAAAAAGCAAAGAGAUGACAUUACAUCUUAGACAGGUUGAGGAGACGCUGUUGGCAGAAAAGAAGCAGACAGCGGAGAAUCUGCAAUUGCAAGAACAGCGCUAUGAGAAAAUGAAAAGCCAUGCCAUGCAGCAGCUGGAAAUAGCAAACAAAAAGCUAGAUAGCUGCAAUAGAGAGCGUGCAGAUGAAGUGAAAAAACUGAAAGCUUUACUUAAAAAAGAGGAAGUUUCACGUGUCUCAACGGCCGAGCAAUUGCAACAGAAAUCUCGUGAAAAUGCUGAUCUGCUUAAGAUAUGCGAGGAGCUUAUCUAUGGCAAGGGACAAGGUGGUAGUAGUUAAACAAACUCUGCGAAUGGAUUUUAUCGUUUUGUAUCUUUGGCUGGAUUGUAAAAUGCGCACACACUCACACACACACACAGACACAGACACAUCCCCAUAAACAUUCUCACAAUUACAUAGAAACAACAUCA